AUGGAGAGAAAAAGAGCGAGUGAAAUCGACAGAGAGAAAGGGAGAGAACAAGAGAGACAGAGAGAGAUUGGGGAAAAGGAGAGAAGUAGAAGAAGCGAAGGAGAGAUAGAGAGGGAGAGGGAUUCAAGGAGUCAUUCAGUGGAAGAAGCAAGCAAGAGCAACUGGGCAGCUGUGGUACACCAACGGUACGGACCGGAAGUGCAAAGUCCCGGCGGUUUCCUGGGCAACAACGUACUUAUGCGGUGCAACGUACCGAGUUUUGUUCGAGACCACGUCACCGUUACAUCUUGGCUGCAGGAGCCGUCCUUCAACAUCUACCCUUCCACGAUAAGCGAUGGCAAGUAUCACAUGCUGCCAAGCGGAGAGUUACUGAUAAUCAAUAUAUCCCGGAGUGAUGUUCAGAUGACCUACCGAUGCAGAACGCAUAAUCGAUUGACUCAGGAAACAGUCGCUAGUAAUAAUUUUGGCCGAGUGCAACUGACAGGUAUAUCAAGAAUGCAUAAACCAUCAUAG